GAGAGAGAGAGAGAGAGAGAGAGAGAGAGAGAGAGAGAGAGGCGUGCUGCACAUUGGUCGGGCCACUUUUCUGACGACACACCAACAAUCGUCAACCUGUGGAUAGGGCGCGCGCGGUGCUCUGUUGUCUCCACUGCCACCCUCUCCCCUCUGACACCGAGCCCGACCCUCGGACAUCCAGGACGCAUGAACUGGGAGAGGGUGCCGGUUCGAUUCCCGAGCGGAGGAGAGGAACCGCAAAAGUUGAGGGGGUCGUGCGCCAUCCCCGCUUCAUGAAUGGCCGGAACAUGGAGGAGAUGCCAUUCGAAAGAGUCAAGACCCGGCGGAGGAAGGGUCACUGCCCGGCCGGUGCACCCCUGGGCGCCAUCGCCUGCGAGGACGAGUUCAAUAGCCAGGAGCUGGAGGCUCUCUUCCAGAACUACAACCUGAAGCUGGAGCAGACCGCCACCCUCAAAGCGCUGGCGGUGCUCAUCGUGGCCGCGUCGUCGCUUUCUCUGGUGGAGCUGCUGUCCAGCCCGCGUCUCACCUUGUCCAAGGGCUCCUACCCGGUGCACUGCGUGGUGUUCUUGUCGCUGUUUAUCGUCACUAACGUCAAAUACCUGCAGGUGACGCAGCUGCAGCAGAUAGCGAAGCUGGCCCUGCUGUUCAGCUUCACCUUUGCGCUGCUCUGCUGUCCGUUCCCACUGGCGCUCGGCACGUCGGAGCUGCUGAGCGCCGCUGCCCCUGAACAAGGCGUGUGGCAGCUCAUGCUGGUCACCCUCGUGGCUUACGUGCUGCUGCCGGUGCGAACGCUGCUGGCUGUGUUGUUCGGGGUGAUGCUGGCUACGUCUCACUUUAUUGUCAUAGCGACGUCGUUCACGGGAAGGAAACAGAAGCUGUGGAGACCGCUGGUGGCCAACGCGGUGCUGUUCACCAGUGUCAACUUGUCGGGGGUGUUUGUGAGGAUUCUCACCGAGCGCACCCAGAGGAAAGUCUUCCUACAAGCCCGCAACUGCAUUGAGGAGCGGCUGAGACUGGAGGAUGAGAAUGAGAAGCAGGAGCGUCUGCUAAUGAGCCUUCUGCCCAGGAAUGUUGCCAUGGAGAUGAAGGAGGACUUCCUGAAGCCGCCUGAGCGGAUCUUUCACAAGAUCUACAUCCAACGUCAUGACAAUGUCAGCAUCCUUUUUGCAGACAUUGUGGGUUUCACCAGCUUGGCUUCUCAGUGCACUGCUCAGGAACUGGUCAAACUGCUCAAUGAACUUUUUGGGAAGUUUGAUGAACUGGCUACAGAGAAUCACUGCAGGCGGAUAAAGAUCCUGGGAGACUGUUACUACUGUGUGUCAGGACUGACCCAACCCAAGGCGGACCACGCCCACUGCUGUGUGGAGAUGGGACUGGACAUGAUUGACACGAUUGCGUCUGUGGUGGAGGCGACAGAGGUGGAUCUGAACAUGCGUGUUGGUCUGCACACAGGACGGGUGCUGUGUGGUGUGCUGGGCCUCAGGAAAUGGCAGUAUGAUGUCUGGUCAAACGAUGUCACACUGGCAAAUGUGAUGGAGGCCGGAGGGCUGCCUGGCAAGGUGCACAUCACCAGGACCACCCUGGAGUGUUUGAAUGGAGACUACGAGGUGGAGCCAGGCUUCGGUCAUGAGAGACAUGCCUUCCUCCAAAAACAUCACAUAGAGACAUUUUUUAUUGUGCCAUCACACAGACGUAAAAUCUUUCCAGGUCUUAUUCUGUCAGACAUCAAACCAGCCAAGAGGAUGAAGUUUAAGACGGUGUGCUACCUGCUGGUGCAGCUGAUGCACUGUAGGAAAAUGUUUAAGGCUGAGAUCCCCUUCUCCAACGUCAUGACCUGUGAGGAUGACGACAAGCGGAGGGCCCUGCGGACUGCGUCAGAGAAGCUGAGGAGUCGGACGUCCUUCUCAGCCACCGCCGUGCAGCACUCGCCAGGAACACGAGUCAACCGCUACAUUGGGCGGCUCAUUGAAGCGCGGCAGACCGAGUCAGAGACAACAGACCUCAACUUCAUCACUCUGUUCUACAGGAGCAGAGACAGGGAGCGCAGGUAUCACCAGGUGUAUGACGACCAUUUCAUCAGUGCAGUGGUUCUCUCUCUGAUCCUCGCUGCUCUGUUUGGCCUUAUCUAUUUGCUAAUGAUCCCACAGGGGAUGCUGGUGCUGCUUCUGCUGGUGCUGUGUGUGUGUUUCCACGUGGCCUGUGUCAUGUACCUGCAUCUUACCAGUGUUCAGUGCCAACCGGGCUGCCUCACCAUCCAGAUCCGAACGGUGCUGUGUGUCUUCCUCGUUCUGCUCACCUACUCUGUUACCCAGGCCUGUGUGGUGGGAUGUGUUCCUUGGGGGAGAGUUGGGACAAACUCCAGCCUCUUGGUGGAAGAGGUUUCUGCAGAUGCCAACAGCACAGCAGUGGACAGAGCUUGUACAAACAUGGCAUACGCCCUACUGUCCUGUGUGGCUGGCACCCUCACUCUUGUCCCCUACCUCCGAGUCUCCUCGCUCCCCAAGAUCCUCCUGCUCCUCCUCCUCUCUGUCACCUACACUGUCGUCAUGGAGACCAGCGGCUAUCGCCAAGCUGUGGGGGGAGGGUUUCUCCACACACGGGGGUACGAUCCUGUGUUGGCUGCCUUGCUGUUUUCUGGAGCGCUGGCUCUGCAUUCAAGACAGCUGGACCUGAAGCUGCGGCUCGACUAUCUCUGGGCCACUCAGGCGGAGGAGGAGAGAGGCGACAUGGAGAAAGUGAAGCUGGAUAACAAGAGAAUCCUGUUCAAUCUGCUGCCGGCUCAUGUGGCUCAGCACUUCCUCAUGUCAAACCCCAGGAACAUGGACCUGUACUACCAGUCCUAUGCUCAGGUUGGAGUGUUGUUCGCCUCCAUCGCCAAUUUCAACGACUUCUACAUUGAACUGGACGGGAACAACAUGGGCGUCGAAUGUCUCAGGCUGCUCAAUGAGAUCAUCGCUGACUUUGAUGAGCUGAUGGACAGAGAGUGCUACAGGGAUAUUGAGAAAAUCAAGACUAUUGGCAGUACAUACAUGGCUGCAGUAGGGCUGGUUCCUACAACUGCCUCCAAGGUGAAGAAGUCCAUCACCUCACAUUUAUGCACAGUGUCAGAUUUUGCCAUUGACAUGUUCGACGUCCUGGAUGCCAUCAACUACCAGUCUUACAAUGACUUUGUCCUGAGAGUAGGUAUCAACGUGGGACCAGUGGUGGCAGGAGUGAUCGGAGCCAGAAGACCACAGUAUGACAUUUGGGGAAACACAGUGAACGUAGCCAGCAGGAUGGACAGCACUGGAGUACAAGGAAAGAUACAGGUGACGGAGGACGUUCAUCGUCUCAUCACAGACUACUACGACUUUGUCUGCCGGGGCCAGGUCAGUGUGAAAGGCAAAGGUCAGAUGCUCACGUACUUCCUUGAAGGCCGCAGACAAGGCAGCAGGCCGUCUCAAAUCCAGCAGCAGCCCAUCAAUGCUGAGCGCCGGUCAAGCGCGUUCGCUCAGGGCAGUGUGUGCACAAGGCUGAGCCCUGCCCCUACCAUCACCACCUACAGCACCACAAGGACCCCGAGCCCGAGCACGGCCAAGCCGACCACCUCCACCAGCACCACCAGGUACCUGCCCUCUGUCCCCAUGGCAACAGUGUGACGGAUCUCCAUGGUGAUCGUGGAAAACAAGAAAAUAAGAAUGGAGGUGGGGAAACAGCGUGGAUGAUCAACAAGGCAGCAGUAACACAGAGAGUUUAUCAAAACAGGAAAAAGUAGAGCUGACCUCCACUCUUCUUCUACUGUCUGUGGGAUGCAGCUGAGACACUGAUUGUCCAAUGGGAGGCCUGCACUCAGGCCUGGACUUUAGGACUGAGGCUGCCUCGGUGGGACUCUCCCUGCACACUCGAGCCCUGUUUGUUGUUUGAUGCCGCGGGAUGUCGUGAACAUGAUACAGGAUGCUUUAGCCACGUUGCUCUGUGAAACAAUCAGAGUCGACUCCUAAAAAACUGUUUCCACAACUAUAAUAAACGAAAUCAGCAUCAUAAUCAAAACAAUUGCACAAUUGAUAGUGUAGCACGCAAGCCUCUAGCAACAACAACCACAUCCGGAAAAUUCCUUUAAGUACUUUAGCUGACCCUUUUCUCUCAGUAUAAAACCAAAUCAGUGCUGUUGCCUUAGCGACCACUCCUCACAAUGAGUUUCUUGCCAUCUUUUUUGUUGCCUUUUAGAUCCUCCAUUGAUUUAUUGGACACCAAUUCAGAUGAGUUAAUUACAAGGGCAUUGUUGUCCAGAUAUCUGUUUUUAAAGUGGAUGAAGCCAAAUGUAUAAUUGUAAAUGGCAGUUAAUGGUACAAACUCGCCAAAAUACGACAGGGCAUUGACCUCAAUCAUUUCCUGGACGUUUAUGCCCCUUCACUUUAACCCUGCGACGGCACAUGAGGUAAACUCUUGAUUCCCUGAGCCGAACCGCUCAGUGUCUUUAAGUGCAUGAUGCCACUGCUGCAUUUCAGUCAUGUUUGCUGUCUGUUUCCCUGUGAUGCUUGACUUCCAGAUUCUUCCUCGUCAAAGUGUAGCAAUAAAUCAGUUCGUCUCCUAUCUCAGCCCCUUGCAUGCUGUAGCCAGCUGGAUCCUAUUUUGACCUGAUAGUGUAUGUAGCCAAUAGAGUGUGCAUAGCUAGUCACACUGGUCUGUAUCUCUGUGGAUUUGAAGCAUGACUUAGAAAAACUUAUUUUCUGUAUUGUGUGAGUGUGAUUUCCUUCCUCAUGGAAUUCUAUUUAAAAAGAAGAAUAAGAAGAACAUUUUUUCUGCGUGCUUGUUUAUUAAGAAAUAUUUUCUAUUGUUAAAAUAUUCAGUUCUACUAUUUUUAUGAACUAAAAGCUGCUUUGGUCAAGAGAAGAAAACUGCUGUUUAUGAGGAGACACCCAAACCUCCGUGUCUGGCUUCCUCAUACAAAUCCAGAUGAUUUAUUCUAUGGUAGAGCAUGCUACUCACAGUACGGCUUACCACAGCCAUUAACUCUCCUCUAAUCUGUUCUAGCAUGCACUGCCUGCAAGCCUGUGGCUCUUACAUGCAUGCUUUGAUGAAACAUUCAUACAGGCCGAGCAGCGGACACACAGUGACUCUGUUUUAAUGUAGUCCUCAUGCAUGCGCUAAAGGUAGCGGUCCUCUUGAAUGUAAGGUGCUUUUUUGACCCGUGUCUUCUUCAUGAGCUUGGUGUGUGAAACCUUUUUCGAGGACAUUUUCAGGACGGUUUGACAUCAGGCCGGGGGAUCCUCCUCCUCCCCGCUCCUGCUGUAGUCAACAGGUAGCUGGUUUUUCAAAUGUGCCAACCUAUUUUCAUAAACAUAUCAAACUUUUGGUGUUGAGCUGUAGCACAACGGAAUGUUUGGCUACGGUUAUUGUGGAUUUUUCUUUUUUGUCGAAUGCCUGUAUUUUUACUGUUUGAGCUGUUCCUUAAUGGUUUUGUAACUCAAUGAUCAAAUGAUGGCAAGUGUUGAUUUUUGGAGAGAUUUAUUUGGACACCAUAACCUGAAUGAAAUGAUGUUGUUGUACUUCUUAUCAUAUUUCAAAAAUAGAUUUAAAGUCUAUAUAGUAGCUUGAAUGCUUACUUUAAGUUUCUAAGAGAUUAAAAAUGAGGAUUUUUAUACACUUGCUUUAAACAGUUUGAUGGAAAGUUGAUGGAAAGGAGUUAUGUACAAUAUUUUUUCCUGUAAAUUGGAUAUUUUCAUACUGUAUGAUACGGGUUUCAAUUGUUACAUGUAGGUAUUACUUGCUAUUAUUGUACAUUGUAGAGUCUUUUUUCAGAGAUAUAUUACGAAUGAUCCGAUAUUUGUCAAGUUCUUUUGUUGAAGAUGUAUUUAUUGAGAUGUUUUAUGUGAAUGUAAAUUUUGUUAAAGACGAUAUUUUAUACUAAGUGUUUGCACUGCAAUGAUAUUGACGUAUUAUGAUUAUAAAAAUAAAGCCAGAGGGGACGUGUCUCCUGGAGUAAAAACA